UCACGCCGGUUCCGAGAAGUUUUACUGUUUAGAAUAAAAUGCCUUCAUUACCGGUACUAAAGUCACUGAACUAUGAAACUAAAGUAAAUGUUAUUUUUAAGAAUGAAACAAAACGGGACAUUGAUCUUUACUGGAUUGGUUAUGACGGGAUGUACGUGCGUUAUGCACGUAAUUUGCGAACAGAUCGUAUUUACAAUGUUUUUACGUUCGAAACGCAUCCUUGGGUAGCAAGAGACUCGAACACUGGAGCUGUCAUUCAUUUUAACAAAACAUGCAGCGUAUUCAUUCCUGUGGCAAAUGAAGAUUGCCUUCCAGUAAUAGUUCCAUUAAAUAUCCCAGUAUACACACUUAAAGAGAUCAGUGUCCAAGCCCUGUGUCGCAUGUGUGUGUCCGAGGUUGAUAAUCUUGAACUGCCAGAAGAACUAAAAGACAAACUGAGAGAAAAACGAACUCUAAAUUGUGACAAGGAGUACACCCCACGUUGAACACUGUAUUUAGAUUCAUGUUUUAUUUGUGAACCAGCUGCAUGCUUAUGCACUUAACAGUACCUGUAGAUAUAUAUCAUGAAAAUCAUAUUCAAUCGGUCAAUUUCUAUUAUAUUUUAAGAUCCCUAACUAUUUUAAGAUCCCUAACUGUUGUUGAUAAGGAAUUGGAAACAAACAAUUUCCACCAAAUAAUUUCUCUGAUGUUUUAGAUUUAAUUAUGCAAGUUUUUCUAUUCAUCCAAACCGGCCUCGGUGGCGUAGUGGUUAGGCCAUCGGUCUACAGGCUGGUAGGUACUGGGUUCGGAUCCCAGUCGAGGCAUGGGAUUUUUAAUCCAGAUACCGACUCCAAACCCUGAGUGAGUG